UUCUAGUAAGCCACAAAGCGAGCAAGUCAACAUGUGGUCACCACGUUCUUAUAUCGUUAUCCUGUGUCUCUUUGCUGUUGCUCUACCAGUAAGUUUCUUUCAUUCUCUUUUCUUAAUCUAUUGAUAACUCUGUAGCUUUUCCAUCAGAUUUAGGCCAAAGAGCAAACCUGAUGUCUCCAAAAAAAUCUCCGUACCCUUGGAGGAUUCAAAUCUCAGAUCUUGGAAUCUCGUGGCUCCAUAGGAGCACCACAAAAUUCGUUUUUUGUGUUAAGUCAAACACUAGGUCAUCUGUGAUAAGUCUCCUGAAUGCUGAUCACUUGGUGAUCUUUUGAAAAUCAAAGAAUGGAAUUUUUAUUGUAUUGAAAAUAAGCUUCAUUGUUGAGAAGAAUACAUGUACACAUGCCAUGUAGAGAUGUGGGCAUUAACGAGAUGAAUCAAUGCAUGGUCUAAAAUCAGUUCGCUUCUUUCCCCUACUCUCCUCAUGAUCCUUACCUUUUUCUCUACAUCCUUAACUAACUAGUGUGGUUUUAUCUUGUAUCAAACUUAUCGAAGUGGCUAAAGCCGAGCAAAAUAGUCAAGAUCGCUUGAGCUGCGAAUGGACAGCAUUCUAAAGCCGAAAUUAUUUUUCACGUUUUUCACUUAAUCUAAUUUGCUUUUUUGCCAAAAUGGAUCCUUCUUUUGGAUUUUUAAUUACUUUAAACGUUAACGGAUUUUUUUAAAAUUAUUUUCCUUAGGUUUUUCUGGAGGCAACUGAUCAUAAAAAAGAAAAACGUUCUGUGGAAUGUAAGGUGCGAUAUUUAAAGAUAUGCAUUUAAAUAACAUCGAUCUACCAAAGUAGACUAAUUUAUUUCGUACUGGUUCAACUCCCAGGGUUUCAGUCAUCAUAAAGUAUUUUUCUUAUUAUUGCUAUGCAUUUCUUUGUAAGCUAAUAAGUUUGUUGUACUAUUGGGGUUAACCAGCCUCAGUCAAUCGCGCAAACGGAGGCACCAGGAGUCUGAUCAGGAACUUUUAUUCACUCUCUGAAUAUAUAUCUGUCUCUUUAAUUCAGCCCGCUGAGUACAUGCUUCUAAAUAUCCAUCAGUAGGCAUAUUUGGGCUUACGGGAAAACUGAGAUUGGCAGAGUAAUCAUAGAACGCUGACCCAGACAAUUUCACGAGAAUUUCCAUAUGAACAACAACGUACUUGAAAAACAACUAAUCUUCGGGAAUUAAAACUAAAACAAAACUUCCCGUGGAGGAAUCUCAGCGAGGUCGGGGACAAACCCAAACACGACUAGCGAUGACGAUUAUCGUACGAGAAUUCAGCCCUAUUAUAUUACAACAGUCAAGGACACAUUACUCAAAAGGUAAAAAUAAAAAUGUGAUCUUGCAGCACCGAUAACAAACCAAGGCUCACAAGACUCACAUAAGGAUUUCAAGUUAAUCUAACAGGCCUUAACAAUUCCCAAACACUUAAUAAAAACAUUCCUAAUUUUAAUAGUUUCCAAACACUUCUAAAUUAAGUAGUUCAUAACAGGUGCAUCUGUUUUUUGUUCUCAGGAGAAGUAAUGCACAAUAGGUUUGGGAGAUUAAAAGUUACCGGUCGAGCUUUAUUUGUUAUCUAUGGUUCAUUUUCGUAAACUUGAGACCCAUGAGAAUUACAUCACUGGUGCAAAAUAUAUCUCCGAGUCUCCUGUUUUGACGACAAAAGAACAAAAAUUAGAGCUAUGCGUUUCUAUGAGCUCAGAAAAAAAUACGACACUCCUGUCUAUUUUCCUGCAUACAGGUCGACACCUCUUAUGGAUUCGUAUUUCCAAGAAAAAACCCCCACGUGUUCGUAUUGUCUGCUGGGCCUAGGAGCAUUUCUUUUAGUCCAUAUUAUGUGGAAAAUCGUAAAAUGUAAUAUUUCUUGAGAUGUUUCGAUCUAUUUUUAGGGAGAUAAUUGCCCAAAGUCAAACACUGUCGAACUCAACCCAUUUCGCCCUAAGUCCUGCGUUGAGUAUUAUGUUCCUGGUAAGACAACGUGUGGUAUUUACCGGCUCUUUGACGACUAUGGCAAUAGCUUUCCAGCCUACUGUGACUUCACGUCCGAGCCUGGCACUGCGUGGACCCUAGUUAUGUCCUACAACCAGAAGAAUAGGGGUUUACCCCAGUUCUCCAAGACUCCGUUUAAGUUUGACGCUCCAGUCAACGAAAAUUCCCAAAACUGGAAUGUCUACCGCUUGGGUCUGUCUCGCAUUAGGUCCCUUGCAGCCCACUCCACUCAUUGGCGAGCAACCUGCAGCUACCCAAGCCAUGGUGUCGAUUUUACAGACUACGUUCGUGGUAACUUUAAGGAUUUCAACGUUGUCGACUUUCUUGGAAACGGUGAGUGUAAGGAGGUGGAAUACGUUAACAUACGCGGGCACCGUGGUGUACAUCUGACAGCCAAAUUCUGGCAGGCAGAAAACACUUUAUCCUUACACAUCGACAGCAGUGCUGCCGGCUGCGAAUUUAACCCGACAGCUGGCGCAGUAGUAAGUGAAGACAACUUCGGGUUCUAUGCAGCCAUCAACCACAAGUUCCGCUGCACUCGAGGAGAAGGUUCAACUACUCAGUGGUGGUUCGGUUCCCAUCUGUAG